AUGGGAGCUGUCUUUCAAUCUGUUGGAGAAUAUGCCAAGGCUGAAGAAUAUCUUCAUAAAGCACUUACCAUCAACACAGACAUUGGCGACAGAGACGGAGAAGCGACAUGCUACGCAAACCUAGGAGCGGUAUUCCAGUCUGUCGGAGAAUAUGCCAAGGCUGAAGAAUAUCUUCAUAAAGCACUUACCAUCAACACAGACAUUGGCGACAGAGACGGAGAAGCGACAUGCUACGCAAACCUAGGAGCGGUAUUCCAGUCUGUCGGAGAAUAUGCCAAGGCUGAAGAAUAUCUUCAUAAAGCACUUACCAUCAAGACAGAAAUUGGCGACAGAGACGGAGAAGCGACAUGCUACAUAAACAUGGGAGCUGUCUUUCAAUCUGUUGGAGAAUAUGCCAAGGCUGAAGAAUAUCUUCAUAAAGCACUUACCAUCAACACAGACAUUGGCGACAGAGACGGAGAAGCGACAUGCUACGCAAACCUAGGAACGUUAUUUCAGUCUGUCGGAGAAUAUGCCAAGGCUGAAGAAUAUCUUCAUAAAGCACUUACCAUCAACACAGACAUUGGCGACAGAGACGUAGAAGCGACAUGCUACGCAAACCUAGGAAAGUUAUUUCAGUCUGUCGGAGAAUAUGCCAAGGCUGAAGAAUAUCUUCAUAAAGCACUUACCAUCAACACAGACAUUGGCGACAGAGACGGAGAAGCGACAUGCUACGCAAACCUAGGAGCGGUAUUCCAGUCUGUCGGAGAAUAUGCCAAGGCUGAAGAAUCUCUUCAUAAAGCACUUACCAUCAACACAGACAUUGGCAACAGACGCGAAGAAGCGACAUGCUACGGAAACCUAGGAACGUUAUUUCAGUCUGUCGGAGAAUAUGCCAAGGCUGAAGAAUAUCUUCAUAAAGCACUUACCAUCAAGACAGAAAUUGGCGACAGAGACGGAGAAGCGACAUGCUACGGAAACCUAGGAACGUUAUUUCAGUCUGUCGGAGAAUAUGCCAAGGCUGAAGAAUAUCUUCAUAAAGCACUUACCAUCAAGACAGACAUUGGCGACAGAGACGGAGAAGCGACAUGCUACGGAAACCUAGGAACGUUAUUUCGGUCUGUCGGAGAAUAUGCCAAGGCUGAAGAAUAUCUUCAUAAAGCACUUACCAUCAAGACAGACAUUGGCGACAGACACGGAGAAGCGACAUGCUACGGAAACCUAGGAACGUUAUUUCAGUCUGUCGGAGAAUAUGCCAAGGCUGAAGAAUAUCUUCAUAAAGCACUUACCAUCAAGACAGACAUUGGCGACAGACACGGAGAAGCGACAUGCUACAGAAACCUGGGAACUGUCUUUCAAUCUGUCGGAGAAUAUGCCAAGGCUGAAGAAUAUCUUCAUAAAGCACUAACCAUCAACACAGACAUUGGCGACAGAGACGGAGAAGCGACAUGCUACGGAAACCUAGGAACGUUAUUUCGGUCUGUCGGAGAAUAUGCCAAGGCUGAAGAAUAUCUUCAUAAAGCACUUACCAUCAAGACAGACAUUGGCGACAGAGACGGAGAAGCGACAUGCUACGGAAACCUAGGAACGUUAUUUCGGUCUGUCGGAGAAUAUGCCAAGGCUGAAGAAUAUCUUCAUAAAGCACUUACCAUCAAGACAGACAUUGGCGACAGAGACGGAGAAGCGACAUGCUACGCAAACCUAGGAACGUUAUUUCAGUCUGUCGGAGAAUAUGCCAAGGCUGAAGAAUAUCUUCAUAAAGCACUUACCAUCAACACAGACAUUGGCGACAGAGACGUAGAAGCGACAUGCUACGCAAACCUAGGAAAGUUAUUUCAGUCUGUCGGAGAAUAUGCCAAGGCUGAAGAAUAUCUUCAUAAAGCACUUACCAUCAACAUCAACACGGAGACAUUGGCGAAACCUAGAGUUAUUUCAGUCUGUCGGAGAAUAUGCCAAGGCUGAAGAAUAUCUUCAUAAAGCAAAUCAAGACAGACAUUGGCGACAGAGACGGAGAUUUACAGUCUGUCGGAGAAUAUGCCAAGGCUGAAGAAUAUCUUCAUAAAGCACUUACCAUCAAGACAGACAUUGGCGACAGAGACGGAGAAGCGACAUGCUACGGAAACCUAGGAACGUUAUUUCAGUCUGUCGGAGAAUAUGCCAAGGCUGAAGAAUAUCUUCAUAAAGCACUUACCAUCAAGACAGACAUUGGCGACAGACACGGAGAAGCGACAUGCUACGGAAACCUAGGAACGUUAUUUCAGUCUGUCGGAGAAUAUGCCAAGGCUGAAGAAUAUCUUCAUAAAGCACUUACCAUCAAGACAGACAUUGGCGACAGACAGAGACGGAGCGACAUGCUACGCGGAAUUAUUUCAUUCUGUCGGAGAAUAUGCCAAGGCUGAAGAAUAUCUUCAUAAAGCACGUACCAUCAAGACAGACAUUGGCGACAGAGACGGAGAAGCGACAUGCUACGGAAACCUAGGAACGUUAUUUCAGUCUGUCGGAGAAUAUGCCAAGGCUGAAGAAUAUCUUCAUAAAGCACUUACCAUCAACACAGACAUUGGCGACAGAGACGGAGAAGCGACAUGCUACGCAAACCUAGGAGCGGUAUUCCAGUCUGUCGGAGAAUAUGCCAAGGCUGAAGAAUAUCUUCAUAAAGCACUUACCAUCAACACAGACAUUGGCGACAGAGACGGAGAAGCGACAUGCUACGGAAACCUAGGAACGUUAUUUCAGUCUGUCGGAGAAUAUGCCAAGGCUGAAGAAUAUCUUCAUAAAGCACUUACCAUCAACACAGACAUUGGCGACAGAGACGGAGAAGCGACAUGCUACGCAAACCUAGGAACGUUAUUUCAGUCUGUCGGAGAAUAUGCCAAGGCUGAAGAAUAUCUUCAUAAAGCACUUACCAUCAAGACAGACAUUGGCGACAGAAACGGAGAAGCGACAUGCUACGGAAACCUAGGAACGUUAUUUCAGUCUGUAGGAGAAUAUGCCAAGGCUGAAGGAUAUCUUCAUAAAGCACUUACCAUCAAGACAGACAUUGGCGACAGAUGCGGAGAAGCGAUAAGCUACGCAAACCUAGGAACGUUAUUUCAGUCUGUCGGAGAAUAUGCCAAGGCUGAAGAAUAUCUUCAUAAAGCACUUACCAUCAACACAGACAUUGGCGACAGAGACGGAGAAGCGACAUGCUACUCAAACCUAGGAGCGGUAUUCCAGUCUGUCGGAGAAUAUGCCAAGGCUGAAGAAUAUCUUCAUAAAGCGCUUACCAUUGUCGACAGAGACAGCGAAGAAACAUGCCACCUGCGUCUAGGUGAAGAUGUGAAGGCUCAAAAAUAUAUUCAGAAUUCUCUUGAAAUUAGCAGGAGGACUGUAAACAUCAAUUUGCAAUAUAAAUCUUUACUUUCCCUAUUUUGGUGUGUUUUAAACUCGAAAGGAAACAUAUCUGAAGCCUUAUUGAUUCUCCAUAGAAGUAUUCAAAUUUUCGAAAAAAUGCAUAGCUUUCUAGGAAACAAAGAUGGCCGCAAGAUAUCAUUUUUUGACAACCACGCGGAACCCUAUCGGCAGUUUAGUUCAUUGAGUUUUUCUUAUGGGAAACCCUAUGAAGCUUUACACGUUGCUGAACUUGGACGGGCCAAAGCUCUUGCAGAACUAAUGUCAAACCAUUACUCCAUUGAAAAAGAAAUAUCCAUCGACACACAAUCGUUUGUUGGCAUUGAGGAAGUAACGAGGAAAAAUGGCAACAGCACUUGCCUAUACAUCUCCUACUACUCUGACAACAUAUUUUUGUGGGUUUUGAAACAAAGCAAACUGGUGGCUUGCCGAAGAACGAAACUUUGUGAAAGCUAUGUUAGCAAGGACGGCAAAAUCUCUGUGGAUGACCUUUUUGGAAACGAAAGCUUAUUAAGAAAUUUUGACGUUUUACCUCAAGAGCAAUGCGAAGACCGAUCACUCUUCUCCUCUUACACCAACCAACUUACAAACGAAUCAAAUCUGGAAGAUAGUCUCUCAUCCUUGCGUCUUUCUUUAGAUGAGGACUUAGUACACACAGACCCUGAACCGCCAACACUUGUUCAGAUUUACAACAUGUUGAUUGGUCCUGUAAGUGACGUACUAGAAGGAUCUGAAAUUAUUGUUGUUCCUGAUCGCUGCUUCUUCAAAGUUCCGUUUGCAGCAUUACAUGAUGAAAGUAACCACUUUUUAUCAGAUUCAUUCAGGAUACGCAUUGUUCCUUCUUUGACGACGCUCAAGCUCAUUCUGGACAGUCCAGCGGACUCUCACAGCGAAACUGGUGCAUUGAUUGUGGGUGAGCCAAAAGUGACGAAUGUGUAUUUCAAGGGAGAGUUAGGGUAUCUCUGUCCACUGCCUGGCGCGAAAGCGGAAGCAGAGAUGAUUGCAAGACUACUACCUGAAUCUCACCUUUUAAUAGGAGAGCAAGCAACAAGGCAAGCAGUUCUUCAGAGAAUACCCUUAGUGAGUCUCAUACAUUUCGCUGCUCAUAGUGAUGCCGAAAGAGGAGAAAUUUUCCUUACCCCACUUGACCCCACAAUGGAGACUCCACAUGAAGCAGACUACUUACUGACAAUGACCGACAUUUCACAAGUUAGACUGUCAGCCAAACUGGUGGUCCUUAGCUGUCCCUAUACCGCACGUGGACAGAUCAAAACAGAAGGCGUUGUUGGAAUCGCUCGAGCAUUCUUAGGAUCAGGUGCACGCUCAGUGUUGGUGGCACUGUGGGCCUUACAAGACGAUGCAACAGAACAGUUCAUGAGAAGAUUCUACGAAAACCUUGUCCAAGGAGAAAGUGCAUGUGAAUGUCUUCACCGGGCCAUGAAGUGGAUGCGAAAUAACGGUUUCUCUGAAGUGAGACAGUGGGCACCUUUCAUGCUGAUUGGGGAUGACGUGUCAUUUCACUUUGGUGAAGAAAAGUGAAGGUAAUUCGUGCUUUCUGAUAAUUAGGGCCAUAGGAAAUCUGCCAGGUCUUUUUGUAUUGCAGUUUUAUCAACUUAGGUACAUUUGUACUUUCAAGUACUAAAUAAUUUAAAAAGCGGUAUUGGCCCUUGAAAGCCAAAUUAUUGACUACACCUGAAGUCAGCUUUUACUAUGACUGAGGUAAAAUAUCAAUCAACCGCUUUUUAACAUCGAUAGAUACUAAACGCACACAAAAAAUAAAGCCCCGUAUCCCUACUGUAACACAGAAUGAUUUUAAAUCUUUUUUCUUUUUCGUGAUAUAUGAGGCAUAAAUAAUUGAAUAUUCUUUUAUUUGUUACCGCUCAAUAUGAACAUGAGGGUUGGCUGAAUAUACUAUGGUAUGUGAAUUCCCGAACUGUAACCAAAACAAACAACCCAAGGUAGUUUUUUGUUUGAUAUAAAGAUAAUCGGAAUAAACAUAUCGUGGCGGAGAUCUAGAUCUGAGAAUUGAUCGAAAACACUAAAAACUACAAAUUGUCGGCUGUGUAUGGCGUCUUGAACGUAACUACAGGGCUUUUCGCUGACACUGACAGUAGUACACUGGCUCUAAACUUGGACUAUAAAGAGAAAAGACCGAGAUUCCAAAGGUCAUCAAGGCAAGGAGUUUCAAACCUAUUUUAGUUGUGCACCCUGCUUUUCAUAGGUGAUGCCUAAUUGGAAAGUUUUAGCGGUGAGAUAAACUUAAAUAAGUAAACUUUUCCCUUAUGAUAAAUCCCUCUUACAUGUAAAAUGAACCUAAAUGCCACUUACCCCAGCUGGAGUCUUUUGUAAUUAAUAUAUGUGUUUUACCAAUUUUUAUGUUUUUAUACAUUACUAUUCCAGGUAUUACACUAACGACACACCAUGGAACAGAACAGAACAGCCCUUCCGCAGAAUUCCAAUGAGGUAGUCCCUGGCGGAAAAUGUAAAUGGUCAAUCCUUGCAGCAAACGAACAUAACCCAGACUAGAAGAAUUAAAAGAGAACUGACUUGCUCUGCCCAGCUGUUCAUCUUUACCGGCUUGAUUAUUUUUCGCGCUGAUUUUAUGAAUUUGUAUGUGUGUGUGUACAUAGGUACCUUGAGUACUCUUGACUAAUCUCGGUCUAAAAUGUCUUGCAAAAGCACCAAUCACCAGCCUCGUAAAAGUGUACAUCGGUAGCUAGGACAAUGAUACACUGUAAUUGCGACGCGAAUAACAUCAGGAUUAGAUAAUUUCCUAGGCUAUCUAUUUAGGUAAUUUGUUAACUUACUUCCUUAAUUAGUCACUAAGGCUACAACUAACAAAUACUUUUCACGUAAACGAGAUUCUUAAUCGCAAAUUGAAGUUUGAUUACAAUGUAAACAACAUUGCAAGGUUUAUAGUUUAGUCGAAUUGUAUAUAUUUUAGAGCCAAUCUUUCUGUGGACAUAGAAGUACAGUAUAUAGUUCUGCAACCUUGCAUUAUGAAAUAAGGUUUGACGACUCAAGUCAACUAAAAGUCUAGCGGAACCAACUUGUCCAAACUCCAAACUAGCCAUAACAGUGGUAACCUUUCAUUGUAUAAUAUUCAUGCCUGAGCAUAGG